AUGUUAGCCAUCGGUGACUCAAUUUUGAGAAUUAUCAACUUUGUCUUCCUUGUGAUUGCAUUAGGAUUGACCGGCUCCCUUGCCGCAACCACUGUUUUCCAAUCUAAUCCUCAAAUUAAUUUUGGUGUGUUUGCCGCUGCUUUUGCUAUCCUUACUUCCUCAUUCUAUGGUGUUUUAGCUUACCUCUUUGACGGAUUUGCAUGGCCAUUGGUAUUAGCCAUCUUUGACUUUUUGAACUUUGUUUUCACUUUUGCCGCUGCUACUGCAAUUGCUGCUGGUAUUCGUUGUCACUCAUGUUCUAAUGAACUGUACCUCAAGGACAACAACAUCACUCAAGGUAAGUCUGGUCGUUGUAGAAAGGCCCAAGCCUCGGUUGCCUUCCUUUACUUUUCCGUGUUUAUCUUUUUGGCAUCGCUUGUGUUUUCAUCCAUUGGUGCUGCUAGAGGUGGUAUGUUUGGCGGUUCUCGUAAGUCGGCUCCAAGAGUUGGUGUUCCAGCCAUGUCGCAAGUAUAA